CGCUGUGAACAUGGCAGACUCAGGUGCUCCAAGUCGUCACGAGAAAAGCUUGGGUUUGUUAACUACGAAAUUCGUGAACUUACUGCAAGAAGCACCUGAUGGAGUAUUAGAUUUAAAAGUGGCUGCCGAUCUCCUAGCGGUCAGGCAAAAAAGAAGAAUAUACGACAUCACAAAUGUCCUCGAAGGAAUUGGGCUCAUUGAAAAAAAGUCCAAAAACAGCAUUCAGUGGAAGGGUGCGGGACCUGGCUGCAAUACUCAUGAGUUAAGCGAACGACUGGGUGUUCUCCAAGGUGACAUAGAGGAACUUGAGCAAGUUGAGGCAACUCUGGACGAACAUAAAGUCUGGGCUCAGCAGAGCCUGCUCAAUAUCACUGAGGAUCCUACCAAUGCAGCUCAUGCCCAUAUCAGCACACAGGAAUUGCGAAGUGUCUUUCCAGAGAGCACCUUGCUCAGCCUUCGUGGACCAGGUGACACAUUCAUUCGUGUACCUGACCUGAGGCAGGUUGCAGAGAAAGAGUACUGGGUUUAUGCAAAGUCUGAACAAGGAUCCAUCAAGGUUCUGCUUAUGGACAAGGAAGCUGAUGAAGAAGGUUCACCACCAGUGCAGGUUCCGCAUGAAGAAAAAGCUCCUGAUUUGGCUGAGGCGCCUGCUGAAGCUUCUGCUGCAGUUACAACUGCUUUAAAGCAAGACGCAGAAAAGCCGGUCCCUAUGGAGACUGAAGAUAUUCAAGGCGAGGAAGUGGUGUCAGCUGAGUCGGAGCAGGCUGAGGCUGCCUCUUCGGAGCGGGAUUCUGCCGAUGAUGACAACCCUUUACCUACGAUGCCAAUUACUCGUCGCAAAUCUCGCCAGCAGCAGACACCUAUCAAGCGAAAGCUGAGUGACAGCAAAGCCCCGAAUGGUGCACCCAAGAAAGCGAAGGAAUCUGUUGUGGAGGCACCAGUCACUCGCAUGACAACUCGCAACUCUCCUCGUAGUUCUCCUCGCAAGACUGUGCUAAAUGUUAGUCCUCAGUCAAGCCCAUUGGUGACACGGAGCCAGAGGGCAGCGGCUGCCUCUGUAGGCAAGGUGACCGAUGCAUCAGACCAAGCACACCUUUCCCCCGGAAAUGCAGAUGCAGUUACGGCAGGUGCGGGAAGAAAUGACAUGCAGAAGGACUUGGCAUCUGAAGAGCUCUUUGACUUGAAAGAUAUGAACCUUGCUGACGAUGGUUUCUUGGAAAAUGGAUGUGCAGAAGCAGUUACGACAGCUACAGAAAAAAGUGACUCACAGAAGGACUUGGCAUCUGAAGAGCUGAAUGACUUGAACGGAUGUGCAGAAGCAGUUACGACAGCUACAGAAAAAAGUGACUCACAGAAGGACUUGGCAUCUGAAGAGCUGAUUGACUUGAACGGAUGUGCAGAAGCAGUUACGACAGCUACAGAAAAAAGUGACUCACAGAAGGACUUGGCAUGUGAAGAGCUGAUUGACUUGAACGGAUAUGCAGAAGCAGUUACGACAGCUACAGAAGAAAGUGACUCACAGAAGGACUUGGCAUCUAAAGAGCUGAUUGACUUGAACGGAUGUGCAGAAGCAGUUACGACAGCUACAGAAAAAAGUGACUCACAGAAGGACUUGGCAUGUGAAGAGCUGAUUGACUUGAACGGAUGUGCAGAAGCAGUUACGACAGCUACAGAAAAAAGUGACUCACAGAAGGACUUGGCAUCUGAAGAGCUGAUUGACUUGAACGGAUGUGCAGAAGCAGUUACGACAGCUACAGAAAAAAGUGACUCACAGAAGGACUUGGCAUCUGAAGAGCUGAUUGACUUGAACGGAUGUGCAGAAGCAGUUACGACAGCUACAGAAAAAAGUGACUCACAGAAGGACUUGGCAUCUGAAGAGCUGAUUGACUUGAACGGAUCUGCAGAAGCAGUUACGACAGCUACAGAAAAAAAUGACGCACAGAAGGACUUGGCAUCUCAAGAGCUGAUUAACUUGGACGAUUUGGACCUUCCUGAUGAUGAUGUGUUGAAUUAUAUGUUGUCCCUCAGUCCGCCACCUAAUGACGAGGACUACUUUUUUAGCCUGGAUGAAAAUGAAGGCAUCCUCGACCUCUUCGAUGACCUCCCCGUGUGACGUGGUGUCUUUGUCGCUUUCAUGCUGUCUUUUUUGAUGUGAUAUGAUUUGAUGUUCGACGACCUCCCCGUGUGACAUGGUGUUUUUGUUGCUUUCAUGCUGUCUUUUUUGAUGUGAUAUGAUUUGAUGUUCGACGACCUCCCCGUGUGACAUGGUUUUUUGUCAAUUUCAUGCUGUGUUUUUUGAUGUGAUAUGAUUUGAUGUGAUGUUGUUUUCUUGUGAGUCCAAGAGAGUGUUCUCUCACGACGUGUGGAUAUGUGUCACCUUACUAGUUGCUCUAAUAUUAUAGCUUUAGCAGUAUACUACCACUGUACUGUUACUGCUGCCACAUUGAUGAUUUUGCUUGACUUAGCUAGUGCACAUAAAGCUGGCAGAUGGUAGAGAUGGUAGCAGUGGCAGUAGAGUAGUAGUGGUAUGCUAAAGCUCCCUGUUGUGCUGCAUGAAUGCUUCAAGUGCGAGGCAUGGGGUUGCUCUCAUGGCAUGCUGCCCCUUGUUUUCAUUUCAUCUAUCAUAUUGCAGAUUAAAUCUAAAACAUUCUGUGAUAUUUCCCAUUUUCAAUGAAGUUGCUGUGAUAUUUCCCAUUUUCAUUGGAGUUUCGGCAGUGUACUGCUUUCCACUUAAUUUUUUUAUUAAUCAUAAAAAUCUUGCAAGACAUUGCAUUAUAUUUCUCACUCUUAUAAAUAGAACGUGUCUCCUGCAUGUCUCAGUAGAAUCUCGAAGAUACAAAUUUCAUGGCAUCACAUGAAAUAAUAGUAUUCAUAUCUUGCACAUUGUGGCCAGGGAAUUUUACAAAUUCACAUUAUCCCAAAAUUGGUCCCUGCCAUGACUGUAGGCUCGAGAUUCUACUGUUAUUAAUUAUUCUACUCUCAAGAGAGCUAAUGCGAGCCUAAAUGGAAUUUACAGGCCAUAAUCUGUGCAUCUCUACAUCUUCCAACUUGGUUGUGUGUUUUGCCACACUUAUUGUGUAAAGCAUGCUCUUGUGUACAGAAAAUUCCACUAGAAAUGUUGUGCUGUUUUAUUUUGACCUAUUUUAAUUAUAGAAGGAUCUAGCAUAUUUUAAUUGCGAACAUUUAGAGAACUGCAACAACACAAUUAAAUUGUCUUACGGGAGACAUGCAGGCCUUCAUCCGUUUGUGGAUGUGCCAUCUAUCUCGAAAGCUCUUAAGCUGAUGCACUAGUGGCCAGAGUAGGUGGUGUGUGGGCAUAACAGGUGAUUUAAGUGCUUUAAUUAGUAUAUUGUGUGCUGUGGCUGUGAGCUGAUAUUUGCUGUGCAUUUGCAGUGCCGAUAUUCAGUUCGUAAACUCAUCAAGGGCUGAAAAGUUAUGCAUUGCAGAUUAGUGCUGUAGCAGAGUUCGUAAGAUAAUUGCUGAAAACUCAAGUUUUUGCAGCAUGGCUUUUCUUUGCUGCACAUUCCUGUUCUCAGUACAAACCAAAGAUGACACUCUCCAAAGAAUGUGUACUGAAAGCCUUGUAUUUUAAUGACAUCCUCAUAAGCGAUUGGGUAAUCAACAUCUGCAAACCAGCCACACUAAUGCAGGUUGGUUUGAAUGAACUAUGUGAUGCAUAUGAGUAAUUUGAAACUAUUGCUGUGUGUAAAGUACCAUCAACUAUGAAUUGUAGUGUGCCUGCCUUUUCAAGCUUCCAAUAAAUUCUAAUCCAGCAAGAAAAAGGCAAUGAAGGGAUAAGCUUAAUUGAGUGCAAAUGCUUUUUUUUUUUGCUCAUGUUUAAAACAAAAGAAAGGCUAUGGACAGACCAAAGGUCUGUGGGCAUGCGUAAUGGAAACUUGCAUUUCUGGAGACAUUGAGCCGCAGCUCAGUAAUCAGCACAAAAGGUCAUGUUGAGUCACUGUCACUAUGUGCAGUAGAAAAAAAAACAUGCAAUUAAUACAAUAACGUUUCAUGUGAAUUUAGCUUUACAUAAUUUCUGCCAUUUCUUACAUAACCAGUUAUGUUUCAUGCAAUUGCGAAUGGAAUUUUCAAUCUUGGCCAAGCAAAAUGUUUGCAUUAGGAGACAUUUCAUUUGGCACAGUUGUUCAUAAAGGCACCCAUUUGUGUUCGUUCCCUUUUACUCUGAAGCUUCAAAGCAAGCAUUCCAAGUCUCUUCACUUGUGUAGGCGGGUCACUGAAUGCCUUGAAUGGAAAGGGAUGUUGGUGUGUCAAAUACUUCAAGCUUUUUUUAAUUGCAUGAUGCUUUGGGUGCGCAUUGGGAAGCUUGAGUUUGGAUGGGUUCAUUACAGCUCUUAAAACUAAUUUGGCUUCCUAAAAUUCAAAAAAGUUUAGUUAGACUGCUGAAUAGCCGAGCAAUUUUUUCCAUGUUUACUCGUUAAUCUACAACUUCACUAGUAUAACUAAUAUUUGUCUAUAGUAACGGACUACUCGGUAGUUAACAAUGUUGCUAGUCAUGCCAAAGCACUAUGCCUUAAACAAUUGUACUAUAUCGCUACUUGCAUAAAACAAAUUCUUGAAUUUUAACUGCUUGCAUACAUGCUGGUAGUUUACACUACUUGCCUUUUAGUGCUGUGCUCUACACCUUCAAACUUGCUUAGGCACAGUUUGUAUGCAUCUUUCCUUCUUUUAUUGGGUUCAAUUGAAAAUAUAUAGGAAAUUUCUUAUCCUUCUUUUUAAUCUUUGUUAAAAAAAGUGUAGUGUACUGGGUUCAUUAUGUUUACACCUUCUGUACGCGUGUGUAACAACCAUGUUAACAUUCUUUGCUUUCAGAAUAAGGAAAUUUUGAGUGAAACACUGCAUCAUGUCUGUAAAUAAACAUCUUGCAUCUGUACAUGAUUUUGUGCAGUGUGUGUUCUGAACUGAUCGUGUGUGUCUUAAUUUAUGCACCACAGCUGCUCUUCUGCUUGUUCAGUGAACUUUUGACAGUUUCACAUGCAUCUGGGUCACAUGUGUGAAUCAGUGUUUAAAUACAGCUACAAGUGCCAUCAUUUCUGUUUGAAUGAAACAUUUUCCAUGCUUUAUGUGGCAUGAAAGGGUUAUACUUAAAUGUGUGGGCUAGAUCAUGUCUGAAAGAACUGUUUGUAUUGAUAGAUUUUUUUAAGUGUGUGCGUGUGCAUGCAUGUCAUAUUUCUUUUUUCCAGAGUAUAUAGGUCACCUCAUGAAAUGUACAGAUGAAUUAUUUUGUAUUUAUCAAAUGUUUUCUGUCUGUGCCCACAUGCAUCAUUUGUGUGGUGGUGACACAAAUGUUGUGACAUUUUUUACAUGAUAUAAGUGAAGCAAUUACCAGCAGAAGAGCUUCUGUGUUCUUAGCUUUCACACAUCAUGUCAAUGUGUGGCACCUUCAUUCAGCUCAUCUUCACUAUUAAAAAAUUUUUAUUAUGCAAA